GAAGUUGCCACUUUGCUCCAAUUCUGUUUAUGGUAAAGCAAGACGACAAUGUUCUUUGGAUGGAGGGUGAUUAUUCUUUGCUUUCUGCUUCUCUAUGGUGUGCCCAACUCUUCAACUGGUGCCCCUAGGCAGUUCCCUAAUUCAUUGAUUCAACCUGGAUCUCCUUUCCCUGUAAAGACAAAUGACCCCAAAGUUCAAAGAGCUGCUAGGCUUGGGGUUUAUAAAUACAACAACAGUUCAAAUGAUAUCUUUUUGUUCAAAGAAUCUCACAUAAAUAAAGCCACAAUACAGAUUGUGAAAGGAGUGAAAUAUAGACUAAAUGUUGAUAUCCGCCGGACUGUAUGCAGCAAAAGAAUAACGCAUCCCAACUUGGACAGAUGUGAUUUCCAGAAGAACAAGAUGCUGCGAAAAAAAUUCACAUGCGAUUUCGAAGUCUGGCUUAUCCCUUGGCAGCAGAAAGUCCAGAUCCCAGUCAUGUUCUGCCACUAAUUGAUAUCUAAUAAACUGUAUAGAUAUUGCAUGUUUACUUUUUUUGUCAACCACAAAUUGUCCAUAAAGACACUGGAUUGCCAAUAGCUGUGGAGUCUUUUGCUUUAUUUUCUAAUGGAAAAUGACAAAAUUAUCUGUGAUCACCCUUUUUCACCUAUCUUGCUUUGAAGAAAAACUUGUUUUAUAUUGGAAGCUGGAAGGAAUAGUUUCCUAAAACACAUGUAGAAUGUGAUCGUAUUUGGAGAAGUAAUUUUUUUACCAUCCUUACUACUAAAAAUGGAAAGAUUCAGUGUCUGGUUUCUAGAAUUACUGAACAAAUAGCACCAUGUAUAAUAUGCACCAUAAUUUCUCUAAUUUGCAUCAUGUAUAAUAAUUUAACAUGGCCUCUUCCUGCUGAGUCAUUGGUUGGUACUGAUUCACUGAAACCUUUAACAGAAAUGUACUGUAUUGAGUGUAGAACAAAGGGAGGUCCAGGAAACCAAACUUGGUUGUGCAAUUCUGUCUUUCCUUUAGCAGGUAUAAGGGGAAAAAACCAGAAGUGAUUGCAUAACACGGGUUACGGUUAUAAAUGACAGACAGUGCGAUCCUUCUCUCAGCCCAACAUAUCUGAGCUCUUCCAGAGAAAAAUAGGAGCAAGCACAAAAGACUCCCUUGAGAUUCUGAACAAAAA